AUGGAGAACCACAUCAUGAUCCCCGUGGAGCAGCAGCCUCAACCAGAGAUCCGCCUCCUCGGGGAUCAGCAAGGGGCCAGCGGUGGCGAUGAGAGCCUCGACUUCGCCAUCCAGCGCCUCGAAACCUUCUUCCGUCGGUGGGGCUUCUACCAGGACCCCGCCGCCCGAUUCCUCUUCUCCUGGACUCUCUUCUUCCUCCUCGGCGUCUCCGCCCCGUUGUUCGUCUUCCUCUCCUUCAACUGCUCCGCCGUCGCCAGCGGUGGCGCCGCUUCCUGGUCGCCGAUCCGCGAGUUCGACGUCUGCGUCAUGACCUCACAGGCGUCCCUAGCCGCGUUCUCGCUGAUCUGCGUCUCCCGCAACCUGCGAAAGCACGGCAUGCGAAAGCUACUCUUCACCGGCAAACCGUUCCGGGGACUGGACAGGCUCCACCGGCAGCAAGCGGCCAAGAUCACGGUGAGAGUCGGCGGCGCCGCCACCACCCCGCUCCUCCUCCUCAGUCAGCGGAAGUUUCAGUGGCGAUGUUGUUCCCUCUCAGGGCUUCUUCCGCACUCUCUUCUUCUGGGUCGGCCUAGGCGUCGUCACAAAGACCAUCCGCGAGGUCACGCGCAUAUACUACGCCCACCACGGGCCAUGGUGGCGAUCCCUUGCGACGCUAAUGGCUUCAGUCCUCUCGUGGACUUAUCUGACGGUGAUAUUCCUGUCUGGGGGCAACUUGUUCAGCUUGGUCUGCAACCUGCAAGUCAUCCACUUUGAAGACUACGGCCAGCUGCUGCAGAAUCACACUGAGGUCUCGGUGCUGUUGGAGGAGCACACGAGUCUGUGCCACCGAGUGUCAAAGAUCAGCCAUAGAUUCCGCGUACAGCUGUUGUUGAUCUUCUUCAUCUCCGUGAUCAGCCAGUUCGUGACUCUCCUGCUGACCACUCAGUACCACACCAUCGUUGACUUCAUCAAUGCUGGAGAUUUUGCAGUGAGUGCUCUUCACGUCCCCUCUUUGAUCAUACUUUCUUUGGUAAAUUUGUCUCCAACAGCGAUUCUACUUGUCCGUGAUACUUGCAGUCAUGUUAUUAAAUUGACUUCGAUGCGUUACUGGGGGUGUCCAUAAGAUCAGAAUUGUCUAAUUGGCAGGUUUGUGCAGCUGUUCAAGUGAUUGGCAUCGUCAUCUGUCUGAGUGCAGCCACCAGAAUUUCUCAUCGGGCACAGAGACUUGCAUCACUAGCCAGCAGAUGGCACGCCUUAGCAACAUGCAGAUCUGCGGGUAGCACAGAGAAUUUUAGGCUGGGAGCUCCCGUAGUGAACCAAUGUUCUGUUGAUCAUGAUCACCCCGUGGAAGCCAUGUUAUCAUCGGCCAUCACUGCACGAGAAAAAGGGAAAAUUGGGUCGAUUUCAUGUUCACUAUACCAAAGGCAGGCAUUAGGUACUGUUCAAGCUAUCUCACAUUGUCUCAGCAUUAUGGAAUUUAAUCAUACUUUAAUUUUCAUCCAUAAGAAAACCAAAGGAAUUAUUUCUCGGAUCCAAUUUCUUUGUCAAGUAGUCUGUAUCUUACUUCUGAAAAUUCAUAAUGUUUUCUGCACUCCCUAUUUAUCUUGGAGAAUGAUUUAUUUCCUGGCACUUGAUUCUUUUUUCAUCCUCACUGAUGACGUUCAUGUGGGAGCAGUGAUGUAUUUGCAAAGCAACAAUGGGGGCAUCACAAUAUACGGGUGGGCAGUGGACCGCGGAUUGAUCAACACUAUCUUCUGCAUUGAGCUUUCACUGCUUCUUUUUGUAUUUGGGAGAACAUUGUAG